AUGGUCCAUCUACGCAGCGGCAUGUCUUGCGGUAAGCAGAGAAGGUUCUCCUUGGGCGGCACUACCGGCGCCGAGCAGGGAGACAGUGCGAAGCACACGCCAAGUGACGAUAUAUCUGGAGUAGCGCAUUUAACAGAAGAAACGAGGCGCUCGUUUAAAAACCGCACUCUUACGUGCAUCAUCACCUCUCCUCUGGGCCGGGCGCUCCACACGUUCCAGACUCGGCUUGAGCUGCUCGAGGUACUUCGCGAUGCCAUCAAAUGCCACAGAUCCCUAUACAUGGACGCAGGACUCUUGCACAGUGAUAUAUCGUCCGGUAACAUGAUUAUCGUGGAUGACCCGGACGAAGGACAACCCCCCGGCAUGCUGAUCGACCUGGAGCUGGCCACGCCGCGCGACCCGGCACCGGAGCGAGACACGAGCAUAAUCUGCGGCACACGGCCGUACAUGGCCAUUGGCUACAUACGGGACGAAGCCAAGACAUACCGGCACGACCAGGAGUCGUUCUUUUACGUCUUCCUGUGGAUGAUUGUGGGCGACAGGGAGAUGAAUGUGCCCGUGGGGAGCAGGCUCCACGGGUGGGAGGAAGGCAGCAGCAGCUGGUUCAAGUUGGCACAGCAAAAGCUGAGCGACAUGGAGGCCGAUAACUUUCAGCAUAUUGUAGAUGAGAUUCCGCCUGCGUUUGCCACGGUGAAAGGUCUGGCUGAGACGCUGCGUGCGCUGCUAUUUCCUGUGCGGGACGGCAAGAUCUGGGCCGGCACGGACAACACGCCUGAAGGCACGGACAAGCUCUACGACGGCAUGAUUGGUGCCUUUGAUGCUGCUAUUGCAUCUGAUGAAUAG